GCGUUUUUUUUGUUUUGUUUUUUUGUUGAAGAAGAUUGUCAUUGUGGUUUCGAGCCUCAAGGGCGGUCGAGCUUCGCCGUGUCUGCGCUAACUGCAGAGAAGAAAAUCAAUGGCGACCGAACUGGAGGAAUUAGUGGGCUUUCUCUCCUCCCCCUCUCCUCAAGUUACACAGGCGGCUGUGGAUAUUGUUCGGGGAUUAACAGGCUCUGAGGAUGGCUUGCAAUCUCUUGCCAAAUACGCGAAGAUCGUUCUUCCAUCACUAUCUCGGCUCUUAAGUGCACCAAAGGAGGUGUCAGGACCUGCUGCGGAAGCUCUUGUAAAUCUUUCACAGAAUUCGGAUCUCGCAGCAAAGAUGGUUGAGAUGGGAAUGAUCAAAAUGGCCAUGGAAAACCUAUAUAAGCCAGACUCUGGCAAUGGGCGAUUACUGGUUAUGCUUCUAGUCAAUCUCACGCAGUUGGAUGCUGGUAUUGCUUCAUUACUACAGACUGAAGACGAGAAGAUGCACGGACUGUACGUUAUGAAGCUUGUGAGAUCAUUUUGUAGGACCUCCAGCGAAAGUAGUGAUGAUCCAUUUGAACACGUCGGUUCAAUACUUGUAAACAUCUCAAAGCUGGAAGCAGGAAGGAAACUUUUACUGGACCCUAAACGAGGGCUUCUGAAGCAGAUUAUUAGACAGUUUGAUUCAAGUAGUCCACUGAGAAAGAAGGGGGUUUCUGGAACAAUUCGGAAUUGUUGUUUUGAAGCUGAGAGUCAGCUACAGAAUUUGCUUUUGAUAUCAGAGUUUCUUUGGCCAGCUUUACUUCUACCAGUUGCCGGUAACAAGAUUUAUAAUAAACAGGACACAUCAAAAAUGCCACUUGAGCUUGGGAGUGCACUCUCGAUUGAGCGUGAACCUGUUACUGAUCCUGAGAUACGAGUACAAGCACUGGAGGCUGUUUACUUGAUCUCAUUACAGGAGGCAGGUCGAAGAGCUUUGUGGUCUGUCAAUGGACCAAGAAUACUUCAAGUGGGGUAUGAGACUGAGGAAGAUGCAAAAGUAAUGGAAGCAUAUGAACGGGUUGGCUCCUUGCUGAUUCACAACAGUGACACAGAGGAACCAUCCACAGAGAAUUCAAGUUAGCAGUUCUGUAUGUAUUCAUUGAAUCCCACAUGAAUUUAAUGCUGGUUUUGAAAAGGUCAAUGCAAGUCCCAUACCUUUUGAUCAUUUAUGGAUGUAGUUUUUUAUGAUUCCUAGUUUACUUUCUCAGCAUAUAACAGUUGGGAAAGUUGUUCUCAACAUGUAAUUUAGGGUUUUAUUUGAUCGUAUCCCAUAAAAAGGUUGGGGCUAGAUGGGAGGAGUUUUCGCAUUCGUUGGUUGUAUCCUUCAAAAUCAAAGGAAGAGCU